GAAGGUGGGGCGGAGCGGCGCGCACGGCACCCUGGGAGGUGUUGUCUUCUGCUCCGGGAGCGCAGAGCUGCCCGAGGCGCACUCACUGGCACCUGAUUGGCUGUCCCGAGAAAGUGACAGGGCUACGCGGCCCAGGGCCGAGAGCGGCGAGGAGGCGGGCCAGCUGGGAUUUAGGCGCGAGCGGUUGAAAGUCGGUUGGUAUUAGUUUGGCCGCCGAGGUGCCGUCCCACCCCCAGCCCUCUCCAUGGCGGACCCGGAGGAGCUGCGGCUUUCCCCGCAGCCGCUGCCCUCCUCUGCCUCGUCUUCAGGCGCGUCUUCAGCAUCUUCCCCCGGCACCCCGGGGGGUUUGGACCGGACGGUUCCGAACAGGAACAGCGGCCGGCCGGUGGACCCGCUGGAGGAGGUGGAGCUGCAGAUCGGAGACAAGAUGGCGAGAGUGCUGCAGCAGUUUGUCUCUGCUGAGCAGGCUGGUUCCGAGCAGCAUUUUCAUUAACCAAACUUCUUGAAGCUGCAUCUGCAGUAUCAGCUCAAGUGGAAGAGCUUGCCUUCAAAUGUACAGAAAAUGCACGUUUCCUUAAAACAUGGCGGGACCUCUUGAAAGAAGGCUAUGAUUCCUUGAAGCCUGACAACUGAUUUGACUGCCUCUCACUGUCGUGGCCUCUCCCAUUGCGGAGCACAGGCUCCGGACGCGCAGGCUCAGCGGCCGUAGCUCACGGGCCCAGCCGCUCCGCGGCAUGUGGGAUCCUCCCAGACCGGGGCACGAACCCGCAUUGCCUGCAUCGGCAGGCGGACUCUUAACCACUGAACCACCAGGGAAGCCCUAAACAAGUUACUUUUUAAAAAUGCAUCAAAUUUAAAUGGUGCAAUUAUUUUCCUAUUAUUCGAUCUUCAUGACAGUGUUCUAUUUCACUUGUCUCGUAUCUUACGUUGCGCUCCCUCUCUCUCUCUCUUUCUCUUUUUUGGUGGGUUUGUGUCGUAUAUGUCAGUGAUUGAACCAACUAAUUCUCUUGCUGUGUAACUUCUGGAUGCCUCCGAUACAGUAUCUUACUUCUUUGUAGGUAAGGAGGUAUGUACAGAACUAUAUUCCCAAGCCCCACAAUGGGCCUGUGAAAGGGGACACAUGGAUGGGCAAAGGAUAGUUUUGUUUAGCAUAUUAGGUCGUGGUUCUUGAUUAAUUUUUUGAAGUUAAGGAUAACACAUAUGGUGUGUUCCUAUACCAAAGAGAUGCUUGUUUUGAUAUUAGAAAACUGUUUUUCUUAUGUGUCAUGAAAAUUGCAAUUUUCAAAAUGUACAAAAAUAAACUUUUGUUCAAACCAAA